AUGCAGAGUCGUCUGCCAAUGAUUGUGCCAUUCCAGAAACCCUUUUCCCUUGUUGUACUGGCCGUGUGCCUGGCCGUGGCCCAAGCUCGUCCCGGUGGUCAGUAUCUGCCCCCGUUGCCGGUGAAGGAGGUGUCGCAGGCACCUACUUUCAAGCAGGUGCUGCAGCCACAAUUGCAGCAGGUGCUCCAUCAGCUGCAGCCACAGAUCCAGGCUCAUGUGGAGUCCAUUCAGGCUUCGAUUCCACUGGCCAGUUUCACCAUUCAAUCCGGUGGACAUCAGCAACAGCAGCAGCAGUACCAAGCUGCCCCUGCUCCGGCACCUGUGGUGAUCUCUGCUCCCGCUCCUGCUCCAGUUGCUGUUUCUACUCCUGUUGCCAUUUCUGCUCCAGCUCCUGUUAUUGCUCCCGUUCCCGCACCAGCUCCUGCAUCCGUGGAGAUCUCCCAGCCAGCUCCCCAGGUGAUCUAUGAAGCGCCCAAGCCCAUUGUUGCCACUCAGACGGCGGUGAGGAAUUCCUAUCUGCCACCCACUCCUGUCCAGCAAUUCGUGCCCGCUCCUGCGCCUGUGGUGGAGACCAUUGCCCCGCAGCAGGAGACGCAAACCGUGACCACCACUUACUCUGCUCCUGUUCCUGCUCCUGUUCCUGCCCCUGCUCCAGUGGCAGUUCCUGUGCCUGUGGUCCAUGAGCAGCAUCAGGUGGUGCAGCAGACUUACUCAGCCCCAGCUCCUGUCCAGGUUCAGCAGACUUACACUGCUCCGGCUCCUGCUCCUGUCCAGGUUCAGCAGACUUACACCGCUCCUGCUCCCGUUCAGGUUCAAGAACAGCAGACUUACACCGCUCCUGCUCCUGUCCAGGUCCAACAGACCUACUCAGCUCCUGCUCCUGCUCCUGUUCAGAUCCAGGAACAGCAGACCUACACUGCUCCUGCCCCAGUGGUUCAACAGACUUACUCCGCCCCUGCUCCUGUUCAGGUGCAGCAGUCGUACUCCUACCCAGCUCCUGCUCCUGUCGUCCAGCAAGCUCCAGUGGUUCAGGAAGUGAUCCAGCAGGCUCCAGUGGUUCAGCAGACCUACUCGGCACCCGCUCCGGUGGUCCAGGAAGCUGUCCAACAGGCUCCCGUAGUCCAGGAAGUGGUUCAUCAGGCCCCUGUGGUCCAACAGACUUACACAGCACCUGCUCCUGUGGUCCAUCAGGCUCCAGUGGUUCAGGAAGUUGUUCAGCAACAGGCUCCUGUGGUCCAAGAAGUCGUUCACCAAGCUCCUGUUGUCCAGGAAGUGGUCCAUCAAGCCCCUGCGGUUCAGCAAAUCUACUCCGCUCCAGCUCCAGUUGUCCAACAGACCUACUCUGCUCCAGCUCCAGUUGUCCAGCAAACUUACUCCGCUCCAGCUCCAGUUGUCCAACAGACCUACUCCGUUCCAGCUCCAGUGGCUCAGCCCAUCUCCAUUCCAGAGCCCGUCCAGCAGACCGUCCAGCAGCCUCAGUACAGUGGCUAUGCCUACCAAGCUCCAGCUCCAGUUCAAGCUCCCGUUCCUGCUCCGCAGCCAGCUCCAGUUCAGGCACCAGCUCCUGCCCCAGCUCCCAUUAUCAUCUCAGCUCCUGCCCCUGUGCCCGUUUCCAUUCCUGCUCCCGCUCCCAUUCAGCUCCAGCAAUCGUUUGUGCCCGCUCCACCAGCUCCAGUUCAGGUGCAGGAGCAGGUCCAACCCCAACCCAUUGUCCAGUACAGUCAGCCAGCGGUGCAGCAGCAGGUGACCUACACCCAGCCCGCUCCCAUUGUCCACCAGACCGAGGUGGGAACCAACUAUGCCGCCAAUGGUGGUUACCUCUACUAG